AAACAGGCAUUGGGAUCAAUUAACACAGGCAACAUGAAAGAAGCUGAGAAGCCACAUGCAGAGGACACAUUCUGCUGCAUUUCCAAGCUGAAGGUAUUUCUACUGGCACUAUCACUUGCAUUUGUUGGUAAAACAAUGUCUGGUGCUUAUAUGAACAGCAUGUACACACAGAUAGAGAAACAAUUUAAUAUUCCGGCUUCUUUAGUGGGGAUCAUUAAUGGAAGCUUUGAAAUUGGCAACUUGCUGCUGAUGGCAUUUGUGAGUUACUUCGGAGCAAAGUUUCACAGACCCAGAAUAAUUGCUUUGGGCUGCACAAUUAUGUCAUUUGGAUGUCUUUUGAUAUCACUGCCUCAUUUCCUAUUUGGAAGGUAUCGUAUCGAAAGCAGUAUUUUACCACAGGAUAAUUUUUCAGUCAUGCCUCUGUGCCUUGUUAAUCAAAGCUUCUCUUUACCUACACAGGAACCAUCAACAGAAUGUGAAAAAGAGCCUGGGUCCUUGCUGUGGAUAUUUGUGAUGGUUGGAAACAUGGUACGAGGAAUGGGUGAAACUCCCAUCAUGCCUUUAGGCAUUUCAUAUUUGGAAGAUUUUGCCAAAGCAGAGAAUUCACCUUUCUACCUGGGAUGUCUACAUACAGCAACUGUGAUCGGCCCCUUCCUUGGAUUCUUGUUGGCAUCAUUCUGUGCAGAACUAUUUGUUGAUCUGGGAUCAGUAGAUGCAGAGGACAUAACUAUAACAGCUACUGAUGCCCGCUGGGUUGGAGCAUGGUGGCUGGGCAUUUUGAUUUGUGCAUCACUGAAUCUUCUCGCAGGAAUACCUUUUUGGUUUUUGCCCAAGUCACUUGUGAAGGAAGGAGAAACCAGUGAACCUGAGGAGAUGAGUAAAAGAAGUGUAGUACCAUUGCAAGAAAAUGAUGAAAAUGAAGCCAAACAGACUAUGUAUGAAAUUGCUAAAGAUUUCAUCCCAUUCCUCAAGGCUCUGUUUCGUAACCGAGUUUAUAUGUUAUUUUUAUGCAUAACUGUGUUACAGUUCAGUGCCUUCAAUGGCAUGAUAUCCUUCAUGCCCAAAUAUUUGGAACAACAGUUUGGAAAAUCUGCAGCGGAUGCCAUCUUUUUAAUUGGUGUUUACAACUUACCAGUUUUAUGCAUUGGGUACUUUUUUGGAGGCUUAUUCAUGAAGAAAUUCAAGAUAAGUAUCUAUCAGGCUGCGAACAUAGCAUUUUGGGUAUCUUUCCUGGAAUACCUUCUCUACUUUGCUGCCUAUUGGACUGUUUGUGAUACUUCAUCAGUUGCUGGCCUAACAGUUUCCUAUGAAGGAAUAGAGCAAGUUUCAUAUGCAGAAAAUACUCUACUUGCUAGCUGCAACAGUGACUGUGAUUGCCCACUUAAAAUAUGGGACCCUGUUUGUGGGACCAAUGGAAUCACAUAUGUGUCACCUUGUCUUGCUGGGUGUAAAGCCUCAAGAGGAACUGGAAAAAGUGUGGUAUUUGAAAACUGCACCUGCAUUGCAACCUCAGAGUUUUCAUCUCAAAAUGCCUCCGCAGUUCUGGGUCAGUGUGAUGGAGAAGAAAACUGUGACCUGAUGCUUCGUUAUUUUUUAAUAUUGUCAUUAGUCUGCAGCUUUAUUUUUUCGUUAGCAGCCAUGCCUGGGUACAUGGUCUUAAUAAGGUCUCUAAAGCCUGAAGAAAAGUCAUUUGGAGUGGGUAUCCAUGGACUAGCUUCAAGAGUACUUGCUGGAAUUCCAUCUCCCGUUUAUUUUGGAGCUUUGAUAGACACCACUUGCUUGAAGUGGGGUACUAUGACUUGUGGUGGAGAAGGAGCAUGUAGGAUGUAUGACAUUGUCACAUACAGGUGGCUCUAUCUUGGCCUGCCAGCAAUAUUACGUGGAGUGUCCUACAUCCCAAGUGCACUAAUUGUCCUUAUUUUAAAGAAGAAACUUAAAUCUGAAAGCCAAGUCUCAUUAAAUGCACCAGUAGAAAUGCAGGAUAAAGAAGCAUUGCAAUAG